AGGGAGUUUUGAGGGUCACGUUCUGUUGCCUCUUCACUCCCCACUGCAGGAUGGAACAGAGGAAGAUCUGGCCUCGGAUAUGGGACUCCGACGGCUGGUCAGUGGCCCUGAUGUUUCUUUUCUUGGUUUCCUUUUCAAGAGAUGCCGCAAGCACUUCCAUUUACAACACCUUUCAUUCUGAGAACCGUGAUUGGACUUUCAACCACUUGACUGUCCAUCAGGCCACUGGAGCAGUCUAUGUGGGAGCCAUCAAUCGGGUUUACAAGCUGUCUGGAAAUUUGACCAUCUUGGUAGCUCACAAGACAGGACCCGAGGAGGACAACAAGUCUUGCUACCCACCGCUCAUAGUGCAACCCUGCAGUGAGAUUCUGACGCUCACCAACAAUGUUAACAAGCUGCUGAUCAUUGACUACUCUGAAAAUAGGUUGCUGGCCUGUGGAAGCCUCUACCAGGGAGUAUGCAAACUUCUGCGACUGGAUGAUCUUUUCAUACUGGUGGAGCCAUCUCACAAAAAAGAGCACUAUCUUUCCAGCGUUAACCAGACUGGCACUAUGUAUGGAGUUAUAGUUCGUUCUGAGGGUGAGGAUGGGAAGCUGUUCAUUGGUACGGCAGUGGAUGGCAAGCAGGAUUACUUCCCCACUCUCUCCAGCCGCAAGCUGCCACGUGACCCAGAGUCAUCAGCUAUGUUGGAUUACGAGCUCCACAGCGACUUUGUUUCAUCGCUCAUCAAAAUCCCCUCAGACACACUGGCCCUGAUCUCUCACUUUGAUAUCUUCUAUAUCUACGGAUUUGCCAGUGGCAAUUUUGUUUAUUUUCUAACUGUCCAACCAGAGACACCUGAGGGCGUAUCUAUCAACUCAGCCAGUGAUCUCUUCUACACAUCUCGAAUUGUGCGUCUCUGCAAGGAUGACCCCAAGUUCCACUCCUAUGUGUCUCUACCUUUUGGCUGUGUCAAGGGUGAUGUGGAAUAUCGACUCCUACAGGCUGCCUUCCUUUCUAAGCCAGGGGAGGUGCUGGCCAGGUCUCUCAAUAUCACUGGCCAGGAUGAUGUCCUUUUUGCCAUCUUCUCCAAAGGGCAGAAACAGUAUCACCAGCCCCCUGAUGACUCAGCUCUUUGCAUCUUCCCCAUCCGUGCAAUCAAUGGCCAAAUUAAGGACCGCCUGCAGUCUUGCUACCAGGGGGAAGGCAACCUGGAACUCAACUGGCUACUAGGGAAAGAUGUUCAGUGUACCAAGGCGCCAGUCCCAAUAGAUGAUAACUUCUGUGGGUUGGACAUUAACCAGCCACUGGGAGGCUCCAUACCUGUAGAGGGAGUGACCCUUUACACUUCUAGCCGGGAUCGGAUGACUUCUGUCACUUCCUAUGUAUACAAUGACUAUAGUGUGGUGUUUGUUGGGACCAAGAGUGGCAAGCUGAAAAAGAUCCGAGCAGAUGGGCCUCCCCAUGGUGGUAUUCAGUAUGAAACAGUGCCAAUUUUCAAGGACGGAAGUCCUAUCCUUCGUGACAUGGCCUUUUCCACAGAUCAUAAUUAUCUCUACGUGAUGUCGGAAAGACAGGUGUCCCAGGUUUCCGUUGAAUCCUGUGAACAGUACACAACCUGUGGAGAAUGUCUGAGCUCAGGAGACCCUCACUGCGGUUGGUGUGCUCUACACCAUACGUGUUCCCGGAGGGACAAGUGCGAGCGAGCAAAUGAACCAUACCGCUUUGCAGCCAGCAUUAACCAGUGCAUGAGUAUCAUUGUGCAGCCCAGCAGCAUCCCAGUUUCUGAGCACAGCCUUCCGCUCAGUUUGCUAGUAAGUGAUGCACCUGACCUGUCAACUGGUAUCACCUGCGUAUUUGGAAACCUCACUGAAGUGGAAGGCCAAGUUUUGGGCAACCAGAUUGUAUGCAUCUCACCAGUAUCUAAGGAUGUCCCUGCCAUACCUGUGGACCAGGACUGGUUUGGGAUAGAGCUGCUGCUGAAAUCCAAAGAGACAGGCAAGAUGUUUGUCAGCACUGAGUUCAAGUUCUACAACUGCAGUGCCCACCAACUGUGCCUGUCUUGUGUGAACAGUGCUUUUCGUUGCCACUGGUGUAAAUAUCGGAACCUCUGCACCCAUGAUCCCACAACGUGCUCAUUUCAAGAGGGGCGGAUCAAUGUUUCUGAGGAUUGCCCACAGCUGUUCCCUACAGAAGAAAUUCUGAUCCCUGUUGGUGAGGUGAAACCCAUCACCUUGAAGGCCAGAAAUUUACCACAGCCGCAGUCUGGCCAGCGUGGCUACGAGUGUGUCCUCAACAUCCAAGGCGUAAUCCAUCGUGUGCCUGCUCUUCGCUUCAACAGCUCCAGUGUCCAGUGCCAGAAUAGCUCAUAUCUCUAUGAUGGAAUGGACAUCAGUAACUUAGCAGUAGAUUUUGCUGUGGUUUGGAAUGGAAACUUCAUCAUCGACAACCCAGAGAAUUUGAAAGUUCACCUGUAUAAAUGUGCUGCUCAACGGGAAAGCUGUGGGUUGUGCCUGAAGGCAGACCAGAAAUUUGAGUGUGGCUGGUGCACCGUAGAAGGGAGGUGCACUCUGCGUCAGCACUGCCCCUCAUCUAUUGGGGGAUGGGGAAGGUGGCUUGACUGGUCAAGCAGGAACGUCAAGUGCUCCAACCCGCGAAUCACUGAGAUUUUAACGGUGUCAGGUCCGCCAGAAGGAGGAACACAAGUGACAAUUCGUGGUGUUAACCUGGGCUUGGAUUUCUCUGAGAUUACCCACAAUGUGCAUGUGGCUGGUGUGGAAUGUACGCCACUGGAGGAGCAGUACAUAAUUGCUGAGCAAAUCGUGUGUGAGAUGGGGCAGGCAGAGCCCGGAAUCAGCUCUGGUCCUGCUCUUCUCUGCAUUGGAGAAUGCAAGGCAGAAUUUGUGGCCAAGUCUGCACAGCAUUACACAUUUGUGAAUCCUACAGUGAGCUCCCUGAGUCCCAGCCGUGGGCCGGAGUCAGGAGGGACCAUGGUGACCAUCACUGGCCAUUUUCUUGGGGCUGGCAGCAGUGUGUCGGUAUUGCUUGGUAACCAGACCUGCGAGUUUUAUGGGAGGUCCAUGAAUGAAAUUGUGUGUGUGUCUGCCCCCUCUACUCAUGGCCUUGGCUCUGUUCAUGUCUCAGUUGGUGUGGAUCGGGCACAGUUAGAAAGCACCUUGCAGUUUGAAUACAUCGAUGACCCCAAAGUUCAACGCAUUGAACCUGAAUGGAGCAUAGCCAGUGGCCACACGCCUCUGACUAUCACAGGGUCCAAUCUGGACGUCAUACAAGAGCCCAGGAUCCGAGUGAAGUACAACGGCAAGGAGUCUGUCAACGUCUGUAAGGUUGUCAACACAACCACCCUGACUUGUCUGGCUCCCUCCCUCACCCCAGAGUACCGCCCUGGUUUGGAUGCUGUUGAACGUCCCGAUGAGUUUGGCUUCAUCUUUAACAAUGUUCAGUACUUGCUGAUUUACAAUGACACCAAGUUUGUCUACUACCCAAACCCCACCUUUGAGCUCCUGAGUCCCACUGGUGUGCUGGAGCAGAAGCCAGGAUCACCCAUUAUCCUGAAGGGUAAAAAUUUAUGCCCACCUGCCUCCGGUGGAGCAAAGCUGAACUACACUGUUCUGAUCGGAGAGACUCCUUGCGCCGUCACUGUCUCUGAGACCCAGCUGCUGUGUGAACCUCCAAAUCUCACUGGGCAACACAAAGUUAUGGUGCAUGUGGGUGGCAUCAUCUUCUCCCCUGGCUCAGUGAACGUGAUCUCAGACAGCCUGUUGACUUUGCCAGCUAUUGUCAGCAUUGCAGCAGGAGGCAGUCUUCUGCUCAUCAUUGUCAUCAUUGUCCUUAUUGCCUACAAACGCAAGUCCCGUGAAAAUGACCUCACCCUCAAGAGGCUACAGAUGCAGAUGGACAACCUGGAGUCUCGGGUGGCCCUCGAAUGUAAAGAAGCUUUUGCAGAGCUGCAGACAGACAUCAAUGAGUUAACCAGUGACCUGGAUCGCUCGGGGAUCCCGUACCUCGACUAUCGCACAUAUGCCAUGAGGGUCCUUUUCCCUGGCAUUGAGGACCACCCUGUCCUGCGUGAGCUAGAGGUCCAGGGGAAUGGGCAGCAAAAUGUUGAAAAGGCCCUGAAGCUCUUUGCCCAGCUGAUCAACAACAAGGUCUUCCUGCUGACGUUCAUUCGGACCUUGGAGAUGCAGCGCAGCUUCUCCAUGCGGGACCGUGGCAACGUGGCUUCCCUCAUCAUGACAGGGCUUCAGGGAAAGCUAGAAUAUGCCACUGAUGUCCUGAAGCAGUUGCUGUCUGACCUAAUUGAGAAGAACCUGGAGAACAAGAAUCACCCUAAAUUGCUCCUGCGCAGGACGGAGUCAGUGGCUGAGAAGAUGUUGACUAACUGGUUUGCUUUCCUUCUCCAUAAAUUCCUAAAGGAAUGUGCUGGAGAGCCACUUUUUAUGCUGUACUGUGCCAUCAAGCAACAGAUGGAGAAAGGCCCUAUCGAUGCUAUUACAGGGGAGGCUCGUUAUUCCCUGAGUGAGGACAAGCUGAUCCGGCAACAGAUUGAAUACAAAACUCUAAUCUUAAACUGUGUGAAUCCCGACAAUGAGAACAGUCCUGAGAUUCCUGUGAAGGUGCUCAACUGCGAUACAAUCACUCAGGUCAAAGAGAAGAUUCUGGAUGCAGUAUAUAAAAAUGUCCCAUACUCACAAAGGCCACGAGCUGUUGAUAUGGAUUUAGAGUGGCGUCAGGGCCGAAUAGCACGUGUGGUCCUUCAGGAUGAAGAUAUCACCACCAAGAUUGAGGGUGACUGGAAGCGGUUAAACACCCUGAUUCAUUAUCAGGUGUCUGAUCGCUCUGUAGUGGCUCUUGUCCCCAAGCAAACCUCUUCCUACAACAUUCCUGCUUCUGCCAGCAUCUCACGGACCUCAAUUAGCAGAUAUGAUUCCACAUUUCGGUACACAGGCAGUCCAGACAGUCUCCGCUCCAGGGCACCCAUGAUUACCCCAGAUCUAGAAAGUGGGGUGAAGGUUUGGCAUUUAGUCAAGAACCAUGAUCAUGGGGACCAGAAGGAGGGUGAUCGGGGCAGCAAGAUGGUGUCAGAGAUCUACCUGACCAGGCUGCUAGCUACGAAGGGUACGCUGCAAAAGUUUGUAGAUGACUUGUUUGAGACCUUGUUCAGCACUGUGCACCGAGGCAGUGCUCUUCCACUGGCCAUCAAAUAUAUGUUUGAUUUCCUCGAUGAACAAGCCGAUAAGCAUGGCAUCCACGACACAGAUGUGAGGCACACCUGGAAGAGCAACUGUCUUCCUCUGCGCUUCUGGGUGAAUGUAAUUAAAAACCCUCAGUUUGUAUUUGACAUCCACAAAGGAAGUAUCACAGAUGCCUGUCUCUCGGUCGUAGCCCAAACCUUUAUGGAUUCAUGCUCCACCUCAGAGCAUCGCCUUGGCAAAGACUCCCCCUCCAACAAGCUGCUGUAUGCCAAGGACAUUCCCAGCUAUAAGAGCUGGGUAGAGAGGUAUUAUGCAGAUAUUGCAAAACUCCCAGCUAUCAGUGACCAGGACAUGAAUGCCUACCUCGCAGAACAGUCACGUCUGCAUGCUGUUGAUUUCAACAUGCUGAGUGCACUCAAUGAAAUCUACUCCUAUGUCAGCAAAUACAGUGAGGAGAUCAUCGGUGCUCUGGAGCAAGAUGAGCAGGCGCGCCGGCAGCGCCUGGCGUACAAAGUAGAACAGCUUAUUGGUGCCAUGUCUAUGGAGAGCUGAAGAAAGGAGCUGGGACUCCUGGAGCAAGGAGACAGAAGUGGUUACCACAAAGACUACUGGGAAUUAAGAGUUAGAACAGGCAAGGGGGCCACUGGCGUUAUACCUGACA